UGGUGGACUCGAACCCGUGGCGCGACCCGUCGAAGGCGCUGUUCGUGCUGGCGCAGGGGGACGCGCAGCUGUACACCAUGCGCACGCGCACUCCGCGCAGCGAGGUGGAGAGCGAGUUGGAUAAGCUGUUCGGGGAGAGGAGAGGCAGAAAGGGAGGCAUCUCAACUGGUGCAAGUGGGAAGAGUAGCAGCAGUGGCGGUGGCGGUGGCGGUGGUGGUGGCAGCAGUGGCACCUGCACUGCUUCGCCCACACGUUCUCGCUUCUCAAUGAAAGUGGAGGAUGUGCGGGAGGGUGUCCUGGUGUUUGAGGACGAGCAGCAGGCAGCGCAGUACUGCAGUCUCUUGGAGGGGCAGGGCCACAACUGCCUUGGAGUGGCGCAGUUUAAAGCCAAGGAUCUGUUCAAGGUGUGCCAGUCAUCCAAGGCCCUUGCUGUGCUGUUCCGUAGCGGUGUGGUUCCCCCCCAGCCCGACCGCCUGCAGCAGCACCUGGGAGCCAAAAAAAGGUCCUUGGAGGAUGAUGUGUGA